AUUCAACCCCUCCUCACAUCCAGUGAUACGAAUCGGUAGUAGUCGUGCGGCUGCUUCACACUGGUCAUUCAAAAUGGAUGGUGCACAUACGGUGACCCCUAUUCAGGAAAUAUAUAUACACAAUCCAUGCCAGAUCAUGCCUGGUUCCCCUCAUAACCUUAUAUGUCGUCGUCCUCCUCACCGCCCCCCUCGACAUAAUCCUCUGCAUCUAUUCUCGUCCGUCUCCUUAAGCACACACAAUGCCGUCAGCAAUCAACAACAGUAGUUCAACACACGAGCCGCAGAAUGAUGAUCCAGACUCAACCACAUACCGCCAGGACCUGCACCCAAUUGCCGACGAUCCAUUUGAGCAACACGAUGUCGUUGUUGUCGGCGCGGGACCGAGUGGCUUGUUCUGUGCCUUGAAAAUGGCCCAGAAGGGCAUCGAUGUACUGGUCAUUGAGAGUGGUUCUGCAAUCUCGGAGUCUCCACGAGCUAUUGCGUACAUGCCUAUCGUCCUCAAUGAGUUUGAAAAAGUGGGCAUCUUCGAUGAUCUGGUCGAGCUCGGCCAUCAGAACAACGACGGCAUUCAGUUUCGCACACCCCACAACAAGGGUGACGAACUUCUCACAACCGUCAAACUCAACCUUGUUCCAAAAAGUUUCAAGCGAUAUCCAUUCAUAGGCAUUAACACGGGCCAAGAUCGUCUCGCACAUUUGAUUCUGAAGCACGCGCAACGCCUUCCUAAUUUCCAUGUCAAAUUCAGCCAUACUUUUGCUGGCGUUCAGCAGGAUGACAACGGCGUGCGUAUCACAGCAGUUACAUCGCGUGGUGAGAAGUACUUUGCGGCCAAAUAUCUGAUUGGUGCAGAUGGCGCUGGUUCAUCGGUCCGCCGCUCCCAGUGUAUUCCUUUCCGCGGCUUCACGUGGAACGAUUUCCGGUUUAUGGCAGUCAACAUCGAGUACGAUUUUGCGAGCCAUGGCUACUCUACUGGCGUCAUGGUGGUCGAUGAAGAAGAUUGGGCCGUGAUUGCACGUAUCGAUAAGGAGGGCCUAUGGCGUGUGGCAUUUGGUGUCCGCUGCAGCAUCCCCGAGAAAGAACUCUUGGCUCAGCUACCAGAAAAGCUGGAGCGACUCAUGCCUGGCCCAAGACCUUUGAACUACAAGAUCGUUGCAGCAAAUCCAUACUGGGCUCAUCAAAGGGUCGCAGAGAAGUUGACGUCCGGUAGAGUAGUAUUAACAGGAGAUGCAGCACACUCAAACAAUCCCAUCGGUGGCCUAGGACUCACAACUGGCCUCCUUGAUGCAACUGCUCUCGGCAACUGCAUGAUUCGAAUAUUGACAAAGAAUGAGCCCGAUCCAGCAGCUCUCUUAGAGAGAUACUCUACAGUGAGAAAGAAGGCCUUUGUUGAGUACACGAAUACUGCCUCAAUCGAGAAUAAGCUCCGGUUGCACUGUCAGGACGAUGAGUUCAAGACCAAGCGGGCGGCUUUUAUUAAGAAUAUAACUGAUGAUCCAGAGGCAACCAUAAAUAUGGCCAAAGCUAUGAACGAGGUGAUGGAUGAUGACUUCGAGGAGUGA